ACACAGGCGCCCAGUUCCCACGGUGGCGGGGGCAGCUGAGCGGCGUGUCAAUCUACGCAGCGUCACCUCUUUUCACUUGCAAAAAGGAAGUGGCGCAGGGCUUUUGUUAUUUCAAGUCCCACAGUCUAGUCGCUCAAAAACAACUGGAAUAUAUCCGCACUUUAUGAUUUACACAGCCAGCUAUAACCUCCUCCUCCGAGGUGUUUUUUUGUGUGGAGCGUUUGGAGUUUUUCUUUUGCCGUUUGGCUCAGAGACAUUUACGGUACUAUUACUCUGGGGCUUUAGACGUUUAGCUGCAAAAGAGUAACUAUUAAAACUUUUAAAAUGUCUCCCUCCGCUCUUUAAAAAUAAUUUAAUUCAGAAUGCACAUGGGUUUAAAGCGACAUGUAACUUUUGGACAGAUCUAAAUUGGCCUCAUACGUGGUCAGCGCGCUUUCAUUGGCCUCAGUCGGACUCCAGAGAAAAGUGGGUUAUCAGCACAUUUGAACACAUUUCCAUGUGACGUGAUACGGCGUCAACGAGUACAAAGAAGCCACUACUGUAGUUACUUUAACACAGUACGGAUUCAUAGCCCAAAAGAUAAAGGUGAGAUUAUUUUUCAGAACGUUUUACGGAUCUUUCACCUGUUGCGGACGUGAAACUACAUCUCUAUUGUGUGAAAUAUAUGUAUAUAUAUUUCCUAAAAAAUAUAAUUUUCUUGAUGAAGCUAUAGUUUGUGGUCGUCAAGUGAGAGACAUUGAUUAUUUCUAUCCACGUGCAUAUGACUUGAUUGGCUUUUAACGCUCCUCCUGAUGUUAAUCCAGUGGUUUCCCCUGCAGUGACGCGCUCCUGCAGCCGUUUACAGCUCCGGCCGCCGGCUUUCAUUCGGCCUCCUGGGGUCCGUGGUCUUCCUGGGCUGCAGGGGAUCGGACACCGCUCGCCAUAAUAUUGCUGCGGGUUGUUUAAUAUUUCAGCAGCAACUUUGUUGCUCCCCCCACCACAAACCACGCCCCCUUCGUAUUCACAGGCCUCUGGCCCCUCCUCCCAGCCGAGCCGGCAGCUUAUAACCUCGCUGGGUUUCCGCCCAUUCCUCCACAGUUGAUUCUUUGGGAAGGUAUUGUCAUGCAAAUACAGGACGCGUAAAAUAUUCCCCCAGAGCGCGGCGCAGGGCAGAGACUCGCACGGACCGCACGGACGACACAGACCGAGCCACACGGAGGAUUUCUCACGUUCUCGUCGCCACGGACCCGUCCAUCUCUCAAAGACGCCCCGGGCGCACGAGCAGCGGCACGUAGCCAGGAAUCAGGCCGGGCCGUUGAAGGGGAACCUGCGGGGACGCACCACGAGGAGCCUGGGCUGUGGAGAUAGUGGUCAUAUACUUGUAAUUCCCCCGGAGGCGUCUGUCCUCUCCAUCCCCUGCGAUAGAGAACCUGCUGCUACAGAGGAGCCCUCCACCCACGGACCCUCGGAUCCCUUGAGAGAGUACCCAUUUAUGUUUUAGGGAUUUUAGGAUCUCUCAGAUAUAAACAUUUUUGCACACCGAGUGUGUUAUUUGCUCUCUUGUCCUUUUUGGGAUAUACAGUGAUCUUCUCCUGUUAUUACUUCAAAGUGCCACAACUGGUAACAAUCCAGUGCAGCUGGCACCAGACCAGAGACGCUCAACAGGGAGAAGACGAUUACUCUCAGCUUUAGCGCCCGGGCAGGAUUACAGCGAUGAGCCAAGCGGACGUCUCGACGUGCUCCGCGCCGCAGAGGGUGUUUCAGGAGGCGGUGAAGAAGGGCAACACCAAGGAGCUGCACUCGUUGCUGCAGAACAUGACGAACUGCGAGUUCAACGUCAACUCCUUCGGGCCGGAGGGACAGACGGCCCUGCACCAGUCCGUCAUCGACGGGAACUUGGAGCUGGUGAAGCUCCUGGUGAAGUUCGGCGCAGACAUCCGGCUGGCGAACCGGGAGGGGUGGAGCGCGUUACACAUCGCCGCCUUCGGGGGCCACCAGGACAUUGUGCUAUACCUCAUCACCAAGGCCAAGUACUCGUCUGGCGCCCGGUGAUCUGUCUCUGCUGUCAGGUAAACAUAGAGAAAAAUAACAUUGAAGAUCAACAACAACAACAGCAACAAAUGGAACAUGAAACCGCAACACACGGGAAAGCCGGGCUCUUGUAAAAGCGAAUAAACUCUCAUCUUAUCUGCAUCUAGGCUUCGUGGUGCCAAAUUAUACAAAAUGGAAAUACAAAGUAGGCCUGCACGAUAAUCCUCCGUGUGUGUGUGAACCAAACGGGGUCCUCUCUGCACUGCUGAGAGAACGAGGCACGGCCACGGUCCACACACAGCGCUUCUGCACGACUCUUUAACAAAAGAAACGCCACCGCGGUGAGUUUGUUGGUACUAAAGCUUUCCUCUUGAAUGUCUAUACUAGGCCGCGUCAUCCACUCUAACAGAAGCCGGAGAGUGUGCAGCGCAUGUGUGUGUUUCUGGACUCCAGAGUGCAGAUGGACUGGUGCGCUCCCCUCCUCUCCAUCCUUAGUCCAGUGGAAUACUGUCUCUGCAGGGGGGCUCAGAUUUGACCUGUUGUUCACUUGUAAAAUCCCUUUUAAGUUAUUUUUUUUACACAACAUGGCACUUGAUGCUACAUGGCUGCAUGCUGGAAUAUCUGAAAGGGAAGACGCAUGAACAAGAGAAGAAGGGCUGCCCUCUGUUGGCUACCAGAGGUUUAUUUCCGCUAAAUGCAUUCACUGGUUUGACCCCCUUCCACUCAGAGAGCUCCAUCACGGCUCUCCAGCAGGCUUUUCAGAUGUGUAAUCAUUAUAUAACAACUGCCUUCAUCAAUGUUGUGAAGUACUGUACACAAUAGCUUUACUUUUUUUUUUAAGAAAACCUUUUGUUUUAUCUUUAAGAAAGAGACAGUAGCUGGAUGCGCUCCGCCUACUGCGAGCAGACCUUUGCCAUGCUGGUGUCCAACUUUUUCAGGCCAGUGCGACCACUUUGCCAAUGGUCAUUGUGUUACUAAAAAAAAAAAAACGCUGCUUUCGCUUUGUAUCAAAAAAAAAGUCGCAUUUGGAAAAUUCACUUUAUAAUCUCCUUUCAGUAUUUUAUUAACAUCCUAGUCAUCACUGUGAAAGCAGACUGGGCUUUUGUUAUUUAUGAAGGUACAUUGAGAAGAUGCAUUUUGAAUAUUGUUGUGGUUCUUCUUUAAAUUUCUAUAAGUGUAAGAAUAUCUAGGGUGACUCAAGCUGCUUCAGACUCGUAGUAUAAACUGUCCCGUGUGGAGGUCGACCCACCCACCCCACCCCCACUGUAAAAGCCCGUUGACCCUCUAGAAGACUUUCUCCCUCUGUCCAUGAAAAGGACUUUGUUUGGUUGCCUUUUGCCAGCUACCUCGACUAUAAAGUAUUCUCAACUUCAGCUCUCUCACCACUCUGCCGCGCGGCUCGGGGUCUGAGGAGGCUCACGGUUUGUCUGAUCACCCCAAUGCCAGUAUGUUGUUGUUGUUUUCUUUGUAGCCUAACAGACAGAUUGACUUCAGCUCAGAAAAUGCAAUGAACUCAUCCUCAGUCGGGACAGUUUAUUUUACACUACAACCAAACCGACAAAGCAUCCUUUUAGCCUUCCUGCACAGGAGUCUGUGUCUCUCUCUCUCUCUCUCUCUGUCACACACAGCCAUCGCUUUCCCUAUAAACCUCCACCCUCUUUUCAUCAGCCCGUAUGCUCGUUUUUGUGUUCUACAUUUUCAGUCAUACACAAAUGGAAUUGAAUGGGAUGACUUAUAAAUGCAGGGAGUUUUAUUGCACAAAAACGUGGAGCCUUGCGCGUCCCAGUGUGUGUACGGGAUAACUGCAGGAGCCAGGGCUUUGGACUAAUUACUACUACUGAGCAGGACCCUAAUACUGUUGGACGAUGAAGACACGUGACUAUUUGCAGGACGUCAUAGCAAAUGAUUCAAUUUGGCUCCGUAAACCUGCCUGCUGCCUUUUCAAAGUCGUGGCACCCUAACAUUCGUAUCGAUGCUGCUUGUAUUUGUUUUUUUUUUAAUUAAUGUUGAUGUUCUUGUUUUAAAGCCUACUGCUUAAAUGGCCAACAGUUUAAAAUCUUCGCGGCAGCAUUGCUGCACCACACGAGGAGCUUUUGUGUGUGUGUCUGUGUGUCUGUGUGUGUGUGUGUGUGUGUGUGUGUGUGUGUGUGUGUGUGUGUGUGUGUGUGUGUGUGUGUGUGUGUGUGUGUGUGUGUGUGUGUGUGUGUGUGUGUGUGUCUCUGUCUCUGUGUGUGCGCUUCUCGUGUGGCCCGGUGCUGCUGCGUUAAACAGUCAUCCCUGUUUCCUGUUUCAAACCUGGAACAACUACAAGUACCUGAAGCGAUAGAUCCAUUGUCAUGGUAUAGAUUGAGUUCAGGCAACAAAUGGAAAAAAAAAUAUGCAUCGCUUGCCUUAAACUUGAUGUUUUUCUUUUCUUUUUUUGUUUGUUUGUUUGUUUGUUUGAAUAUUGCACUGAUGACUGUUGUUGAAACGUUGGCUUUGAUGUGUCAACAUUUAAUUUUUUCUGAAUAGAAAAAAACAAACACAACAAAAUACUAUUGUAAAAAUAUAUGCUCCAGUUGAUAAUGUCCUAAUGUGUGUGUUGCUUUGUGGAAAAGACAUGAUGUUUUUUUAACAAAGAUGCGUGUAUCUCUGUGAUUGGGUGUAUGUAUAUAUACAUAUGGAUAUAUAUAUCAGCGCUGAUGAUGAUGAUGAUGAUAUCUUGGGGCACUUUCUUUUCUGAAGUGCUAUCUUCCUGUUUUUUUAAAGGGGAAUAAUACAUUUGAUGGUAAGAUCAUUGUAACCUGAUAAAAAUUGCACGGUUGUGUGGUUGUCUGGCUCACCAGGGUCAUAACAUUUAUGACGUGAGGGGCCGGCUGCCGGAUUGGUGUACAUGAGUGAGAUGCUUUUUCUUUUUUCUUUUAAAUUUGAAAAAGGAAAAAAAGUGCUGACUUCUUUGGACCAAGUCACGUUUCUGGUCUUGCUUCAUUUCAAGCAGGCGGAAACAGCUGAGUGUUCAUUUCGUGAGUGAUGCAGAUGUUCCCUCGUGUUUGAUUUUUUUUUUCUUUUUCCUUUGUAAUCUUUCAUUUCUGAACGUUUGUAACACUGUGAUGAUGACGUGAUGUCAUGUGGAGAUGAGUGCUGUAUUAUUUUUGUACGUUUGUGUACAAGCCAGUAAAGAAAUCAUUAAACUCAA